AGCUAUAUAUAAGACUCGCCUAUGAAUGAAGGCAGUGACUUAUUACCAUUGUUGGUUGUUAACUUGUUAUGGGCAGCAAUUGCUCUCUACAUGGCUAACAACUGUUGCUCCAUUGAAACAGAGCCUAAGACCCUGAAUGAAGGACAACUUAACCGUGCCAGGGAAGUGGCUGCAGAUGUUGUUCAAAAUAUGGAACCAAAUGAAGCGUCAACUAUAUUCAAUGAGAAAUUAAUACUAAGCCCUCAAAUAAAGGAUCAAGAGCGAGAAAAGGAGGAAAAAGAACUUCACGAGCCUGUUGAGAAGGGUGACAUUAUUGAAAGACCUUGCCAAUGCUUGUGCCCUACUGCCAUUUUAGAAUCCCCAGAUCAAAUGAGUCUUAAGGAGCCCCUCUCAGCUCCAUUUUGAAACCAUCUUAUUGAUGAGAUGGUCUUGUAGAUAUGUGGUCUCUAGUUGUCAUAAUUCUAAUGUAUAAAUUAUAAUAAUAUUAUUGUGAGAUAAAGUGGUUAUAAUUUGCAAUAAAACUGUAUCUUUAUGGGGUGUGAGAAUUUUUCUA